UUCCUCUUUCCCUUGUAUUAUCGGCAGAGGUCGCAUGGCAGAGGGAAGUCGGACCACUUCUGCGCACUGGAACCAGUGCGAGAAUAUGUGCACGUCCAUAACAAAGCCAGUGUGAGAGCGCACAGAGGAGGCUGACGUUUGACGGUGGAGUUUUUAAAAAAAAAGAAAGAAAGAAAGAAAAAAGACAAAGAGAGAGAGAGAAAAAGUGUCAACUUGGGAGGUUUGUUUUGCUGUGGAAUACCCGGAUAUACAGUAGUUGUGGCAGCACGUGUGCAUCUGUGACAUUUGUGCUUGGAGUGAGGGACUAUUUGUCACGCUGAGGACCACUGCGCACCAGCCCGCCACUGAACAAGAGGGAAAAGUGCACCGAGAACAACUUAGAUUCUGCCCCCCCACUCUUUUUUUUUUUUUUGUCUCUUUCUCUUCUCGUGUGUGCGUGUGUGUGCUUUAUCGCCGAGACAACAGUGAGUUCGAGUCCAAGCUGGAAGUGAUUUGAUGCGUUCAGGCUCGCUCAACGUGAGAUGGACGUGAGAUUUUACCCUGCUCCCCCGGCCAAUGUGGGUUCAUGCUCCCUACCUGCUGAUCCAAGUUGUUUGAGCUCGCUGGACUAUUAUCACCCCAACAAGGCCCGAUACAGUGUGGGUGAGCGAGGGGUCAGGCUCCACUCUGCCCCCCCUCCAGGCAUCAGUCCAGCUAGGAAAAGACUACCCACUGCUGUGUUUGAUGGUGACAACAUGUACAUGAAUGACAAUAACCAAGAGUUUCGGUCACCAAAUCAGAGCUAUUCCACUCCGGGCAGGGGCAGCAAUGGCGGCGGUGGCGGCGGAGGAGGAGGAGCAGGGGAUGAAGACUACGAGAUCCCCCCAAUUACACCCCCCAAUCAUGCUGACCCUUCUCUGCUGCACCUCAUGGAGCACGAGUCAGGGUACCCCUUUCACUCCUUGCCUCACAAUGGCCUGCUCAACACCUACUCCUACCCCGAGCUGCCCGCCCUUAUGAUGUCCAACAUGCUGGGUCAGGACACCCACCUCCUCUCGGGGCCUAUGCACUCGUUAAGCAACGACAAGCGGUCCUCGGCAGAAAUGAUGAAGCCCAAACCCAAACCGCAGAAGAAGAAGAAGAAGAAGGAUCCCAACGAGCCACAGAAACCCGUCUCGGCCUAUGCGCUCUUCUUCCGAGAUACCCAGGCAGCCAUUAAGGGACAGAACCCCAACGCCACCUUUGGAGACGUGUCCAAGAUUGUGGCCUCCAUGUGGGACAGCCUAGGAGAGGAACAGAAGCAGGGUUACAAGAGAAAAACUGAGGCAGCCAAGAAGGAGUACCUGAAAGCCUUGGCAGCGUACAGAGCCAGUCUGGUUUCCAAGACAUAUAAUGAUCCAGAGCCAAAAAGUGCCCAGCAGACAAGCCAGCCCUCCCACCUGCUGCCCCCAAAGCAGCCCCUGUAUAGUCCUCAGCCCUCGUCCCCCUACCUGGGCCCAUCGGGCUCCUUCCCCCUGUCGGACCUCCAGAGCUACGCGGGGCCCCCACGCCACAGCCUGGCCUCCACUCUCAGCCAAUCGCAGAUGUUGCCACCCAGCAUGAGUGCCUCGCCCCCUGCUCCCUUCCAGAUCAGCCCACCCCUGCACCCCCAUGCCCAGCUCUCACUGCACCAGAGCUCACUGCUCAACCAGCCAAUCCGCAUGCAGCAGUCGCAGCCAAUCAUCUCGCACCAAAUGGGGCUCCAGGCACCUUUGCAUUCCCCACCUCUCAGCCAACAGGGGUUUUCCCAUAUUCAGGCUGAGUACCAGAACAGCGUGGGGGGCUCGCAGUCUCCAGGGGCUCCAAAUCCAGUGCAUGGCCAGAACCCAGACUGGGAUAGCGAAUACUGCAACAGAGAUUGUGGACCCAACCCUUGCAGCAGUGGCAUGGGACCUCGGGACAAGCCUCUCUACCUCACUUGAAGUUGAAAGACCUCCACACGUGUGACUCCAGGGAGAUUUUCCAACGUAACAUCAUCAAUAUAUCUGCUUCGACACCAUUUUGCUUUCUUCUUCUUCUUCUUCUUCUUCUUUGUCUUCUGCCGGAUUUUAAAAAUCCCAAAGACUGCUCCAGCAUCUUCACCUAUUCGCCAAGCACUUAGAUCAGCCACACGCCCGAGGCUCUCUCUCUCUCUCUCUCUCUCUCUCUCUCUCUCUCUCUCUCUCUCUCUCUCUCUCUCUCUCUCUCUCUCUCUCUCUCUCUCAUCAGUGAACUUUUCAUUUUUUUGCGGGGGCAGUGAGCUCUGAGCUUCUGCCAGCAUACUGGAAAGAAAGACAAAAAUACUUCUCAUUUUGUUUUUGAAUUUCCUCGAGAUGCUUCCCCUUUGCCUCCUCAUCGGAGAUGACAUGCUCCAAGCAUCCUCAAAGAGUAGGGCUCUCCAAAUUAGUCGCCUCAGCGGAGGGGUGCGUGUACUUCAGGACAUUUUCGCGCUCGUCGCAAACACGUGAGAUGUUUGCAAAAUUCAUCGUUGCCCGAAAUGAAGGACUUUCUAAGUUCCUUUUAUUUCUCACAGAGAUUGUAUAUACCACCAAAAUCAGAUCCUUCUUAUGUGUGUAUUUAGCUGACUUGAGUUUCUUUCAUUGAAAAAUGUGGUGAUGGAAUACACACACACACCCAAAACUGUGUUACGAGAAAGAGACGAGGAGGAGGACAUCCCAAAAAAAAAAAAAAAGAAAAAGAAAAACAAUCGCCAUCUCCUUUCUGACAGUUGGGAGCGUCGACUCUCGUCACGUGACCUCAGGAUGUUGCCGAAGUGCAGAAUUGGAAGAUUUCAAACCCUUUUGAAUCCUCCCCACCUUCUUUUUGCCCUGACACCACUUGUACAGGUGAAUUAAACAAAACAAAACAAACACAAAAAAAAAAUGAAGCUAAAUGUGAAAUGUUAACUAAAGAAAAAAAAACAGUGGGGUUUUGAAGUUUUUGACUAGUUUUAUUAGGUGUUUUAGAAUUGUGUUGAGCUCAUCUUUCUCAUCUUUUGUGAAGAGUUUUUCAAAAAAAGAUCUUUUGGUUUUCACUGUAGCAGGAUUUAAGAGGAACGGAUAUCGGGGUAUAUAAUUCCAUUUUGUGUAUAGAUCCUGCCAAAUGUACUUCUUUACUUUGUCAUGCCAGAGAUCCAGUUUGUUUUGAUGAAUAUUGGUUUGACAAAAAGGUCAUUCUAUUUCAGUUGGUUAGAAGCUUUCACGUUGGUUUAUAAAUAAUAAAGAAGAUGCUGGCUUUUUUCAUCAGGGUGCAUUAUUAUUAUUAUUAUUAUUAUAAUAAUGAUAAUAAUAAUAACAUGGGUUAUUAAUUUGACUUUUUUUUUCCAGAAAUUGUUGGUACAAUACCACUGGACCAGCAUCGGAUUCUUUUUGUGACUCAAAUAUUCCUUUGUUUUCUUUUUUUGUCUGUAAUAAAAUGUCUAAAGUU